AUGCGUGUGUCAGCAGCAUGGGCUGUGCGUGUGCGACCGACAUGGGCGGCAGGUGCAGUGACGCGCGGCACUGUGCCCGUCCAGGUGCGUGCGGCUGAAGUAGCAGAAAAGAAGCCGACCUCGCAGAUCCCCAGGGACGUGCCACUUACGUGGCUCAGCGUGCGAUCGCUCAUGGAUUAUUGCAUGGGCCUUGGACGCUGGCGUUAUGCACAUCAUCAUACAGCUGCGACGCUGCAAGACUUGCCUCUUGUGGAUAGUUUCGAGACCCAAUCGAACGUGCAGACGACUCUUGAUGCUCGUGGCAUUCCCAUGGAACGCUUCAUUCAGUGGUACAAUGCAUGUACGCGACGUACCUGGCGAGAAUGCGCUGUCAUACUCGAAUCACUUGGACCCGGAUGCAUCCCGCCAUUCGUGCUGCAGCGCGCAUUGCAUCGCAUAUCCAGCGUAUCAGACGCCGCUAGUGCCGCGCAUCUUGUGCAGCUGCAUCUAUCAGGCUACAGUGUCAGCGAGGCCCAUCGCUUGUGCCUCUUGUUGCUGUCUACAUGUAUCCGCCGACACCGGGCAUGGCAUAUUGCACGGCCCCUCACGGCCAGUAUCCUCGAUACGGUGCAGCGUUGGCUCACGAAGCGUGAAAAGCAGCGAUACAUGUACUCCCAAGCGCUCCUGGUGUCUGCAUGGACAGCGUUCCUUGAUGGUAUGCCUGAUCCGAGAGUAUGCGACGCCAUGGAGCAGUUGUGGUGUGCGGCGCACGAGCGUGUGCCGGGAGCAGCCCACGCCAUGGAGGCGUAUGUAUGUGAGAAGAGCGCGUCGUCGCGUUUCACGGCGAGCAAACUCCCUGUUGCGCUCGUCCGACACUGGCUUGCGACGUGCUCACACGCACACCGCACGCCCUUUUUGCAUCUGGCGAUCCGUGUGGCGGCAGCGCACAAUGAUGCAGAACAUGUGCGUAUGUGGUACAAGGAACUCGGGAGUGGCGCUGGGCGCCACGCCGAGCUUCCCGCUGCUACAGAAUCGCUGCGCGGUAUUGACACGGAACAAGAUAGCCGCACGACGACGUCGUUUCUUCGUGCACUUGCCAUGUCGUCAUCUCAAACAGACUUGCACGAUGCAUGGGCACUUUUCGAUGCCAUAAGCGGCUCGAGUAUCGCGAAUGCAAAACUGCCUGGGGCCAAAGUUCCAGAUUGGAUCCUAAUGCUGCGCGCAGCAGCAGGCGAUGCACGCAUUCCUGCGCAGCGUGUGUCGGCGCUCUUGCGGCUGUAUGAGGGGGGAGCAACAGUCGCAUCGGAAAAGGAGCUGCAUAAUGUCGCAUGGCGUGUGCCGCCAGACACCCAGGCGCGUCUGGAGUCAUCUGUGGCAGCUCACACGGCGCUGAUGGAAGGGUUCAUGGAACGCGGUGACCUAGCGCGCGCUUGGGCCGUCUGGGACGCCAUGAUUUGCCGAGGCAUUGCUCCCGAUAUGUGGGCACUCAUGACGCUCUGCCGACUAUACAUGGAUGCGGGACAUCCAGCUCGUGCACUGGAGGUUGUCAUGCAGUGGUGUCACGAAGGUGUGCGACUCACGCGGCAGCGUGGCCCGAUGCUCAUGCAAGUGCCCACCCUUAGCAGCCUACCUCAUGUGAACCUACGGGUACAAAUGCAACAGAAGAAAGAGUCGCGGCCAGCGCGAACAGCGCGCCAUGCGUGGCGCGAAAUCGCACAGACACGGUCCAUUCAGCAUGACGACGGCUCGUCCAACAACGCAUCGGGGCCACAAGAAGCCAAGCAAGUUCAUUCGAAUGCGCAUGUUGUUCGACUUCGUCCGACAACAUACCUGGCCAACACUCUGCUUGCCGGCUUGUACCGAGCGCGGGCCUUUGAGACACUUAUGCUCGUCUGGCAAGCACUUGGGCCUACGUUGCAUGUGCGCCCUGAUGUCGCAUCUGUUGAUCUUAUGCUGCGUGCGGCAACCGCCGAAGCGCGAAGUGCACUUACGCGCGCCCAUUCGAUGUGGGCGCCAGCUGCGCGCGCCUAUUUUCGGCGCAUUCUUCUUACCCAACACCCUGAACUGCAUGCUUGCAAGAACCCUCUUGAAGCACCGGGCAAGCGUGCAUGGAUUGUGCGAAGUGAGCUGCAGCUCAGGCGCUGGGAACGCUGGAUUGACCAACGUAUGUGCCCAUGA